CGCUGCUCCCUCCUCCGGUCCGCCCCAAGACUUUAGACAGGAGCCCCUCUCACCAACUUCGGUUUGUUCUUCCCCCUCCAAGAUGGAGGCCUUAGGGGGCUACCCUGCCAAGUCCUCUAACCCAAAAGCUAAAAAGUUAAGGGUGUUAUUUAGCAUGACAGUCGGUGUGGGCUGUUUAUUCCUCCUGCAGACCCAGCUGGUGAAGCCGAGAAAACCGAAGGAUUUUUAUUCUUUCGAGGUCAAAGACGCGAAGGGGAGGUCGGUUUCCCUGGAGAAGUACCGAGGAAAAGCGUCUCUGGUUGUAAACGUGGCGAGUCACAGCGAACAGACGGAGGCGAACUACAGGUCACUGCAGGAGCUCCACCGGGAGCUGGGCACAUCUCACUUUAACGUCCUGGCCUUCCCCUGCGGCCAGUUCGGGGACACCGAGACCGGGAACAGCCGGGACAUCGAGGCUUUCGCCAAGUCCACCUACGGUGUUACUUUCCCCUUCUUCAGUAAAAUCAAAAUAAUGGGCUCAGAGGCGGACCCUGCCUUCAAAUUCCUCACAGAUUCUGUUAAGAAAAUUCCCAAGUGGAACUUCUGGAAGUUUUUGGUGGACCCAGAGGGAAAGGUGGUUCGGUUCUGGCGAACCGACGAGCCCAUGGAAAGUGUUCGUCAAGAGGCCACAGCGCUGGUGCGAGAAAUCAUCCUAAAGAAACGGGUGGAGCUAUGAUGGAGCUUAUUGAUAGAUACUGGACACACCGCUGGGUUGUGUCUGGGUUUCCUGCACUUUGACAGUCAGGAAUAACAAGUGGUUGACUGUGAACUGUUUCAGUGAGCGUGGUUGGGUGAUGUCACUGCUCUAGACACGUGCAAGAUGAAAAGAUCAAGUAGUUUCAGCCACAAAGGCAGCGAAAGUCAUGCAAGGCUAGUCAGAAUGUGUGUGUAUUUGUCAGAGUUUGAGUUUGUCUGUGUGUAAUCGGGACCAUCCUGUGGUGAAUAAUGACAGGGAUGAUGAACAUUCCUUAUAAUGACCACUGCUGCAGCUGAAGGAUUGUUUAGUCUUUGAAGUGUUGGAUUUUUACACCUUUAAUUUUGCUUAGUCUGUCUGUACUUUCUAAUGUUUACAUUAAAUUCCAUUUUCUUAAGGUGAAGCAUACCAUUUUAGACCAUUUUGACUGAUUUGAGCCCAGCAAAUUGUGAAACAUCCAUCCAACAAUAAAAUUAUCUCGUCAUUAUCUGAUUGUA